CCACACGUUUGAAGGAAGUUGCGGCUCAGUCAGCGGGUAUAUAACAGGGCGGAGCGGCGGCUGCUGCUCUCUUUCUCUCCAUCUCAUCGUCAUCAUCAGCACGUCGUCCUGAAAGUGGGUAGUGAAGGCUGAAGGCAGAGCUGGUCACACGCUAUCACGAUCCAGGUCCCGGAUUCUUGACAAAGACACCUGUUUGCAUUAGCCUCAAAUAGGUUUACAUAGGUAGACCGUGGUGGUGUUGGAGGGGAAAAUGGCACGGCUGCUGUGGCAGGUACUGGAAGAUCCACAAGUGUACAAAGACCUACAAAACAACCCUCACUCCUUCAGGUUCAAGGAAGGGCCAGUGGUGAUGGUGUCUACUAUACAUCGGCCGCCUCACGUAGAGCUCCUCAAAGAUCAUCACGGCCGCCUGACAAUAACAGGUCCUCUGGCUAACCUUAUGGACGCUGUCGCUCACUCGCUUAACUUUACGUACAAGAUAGUGACGCCCCCUGACGGCACUUACGGCACUCAUUCAGCUAACGGGUCAUGGUCAGGCAUGAUGGGUCAGGUGGUGAGGAAGGAGGCCGACGUCUCCCUGGGACCCUUCGCAAUAUCGUGGAAGAGGAACCAGGCUGUUGACUUCGCUCAUCACUACAUCUUCGACUACUCCAGCUUUAUAAAGAGUAAAGGUCUGCCGGAGAUUGACCCAUGGGGCUUCCUGUUCCCCCUACAACCCAAGGUGUGGGCGGCACUAUUGGCAGGACUGCUGGUGGCCUGGUUGGCAAUACUGGUGCUGGGUCACAACCCCGAUGGGUCCAGGAAGGUCAACAGGGCUUCUGACCUCUUUUUCCAGCAUCUUAAAAUUAUAUUUCACCAAAAUCUGACGAUCAAGGUGAAACGUGGCAGUGAGAUGGUGUUGUUGGGGGGGUGGGUGGUGGUGGCCAUGAUGGUGAUGUGGAGUUACACAGGUAACCUGGUCUCCUUGCUGGCGGUGCGACACAUCCCUCAGCCCCUCCAGACCCUAAGAGAUGUGAUAGAAGAAUCUAACCUCAAGGUCAUAGUCGAACCAAAAACUAUUUUAACAGACACCCUUGAUAGUGUCAAGUCAGGCGACCUACGGGAUAUUAGAGACUUGGUUAAUGUUGGUCGCAUCAAGUAUGAGGUGUCUUCCGAUCUAUUUCACGUUGUGGACACUCUGGUUCGUGACGGUGAUCACACCCUUGCCACCAUCAAGAUCAGCUUGAUCAAGUUUAUAUCAGAACUCUCCAGGAAGACAGGUCGAUGUGACUUUUAUAUUGUUCGCGAGAAUUUGAUCCACGUCUUCCAGUGUAUGGUUGGCCAGAAGGGAAACCCCAUAGUUCCUGCCAUGAGUCACAGGAUCCGCGCGCUGGUGGAGUCUGGCUUGUAUGAGUACUGGCUUAUGAGCAACAUCCCCUUUAUAGAAAACUGCCGCCGCUCACCCUCCAAGAUCACUGUGAUGGAACCCCUGGCCCUCACCAACCUGUGGGGGAUGUGCGUGUUGCUGGGGGUGGGACACCUGUUGGCGCUCCUCACCUUCUGCCUGGAACUCUGCGUCGUCAGAUGUGUCAGUGGCAGGACCUCAUAGACUCUGGCAGUAUUUCACGGGGAAGAUGAUGACCAUGAUAGCUGGUGAUAAAACAUUAUGCUAUCGUUCAACUAUCUUCACCUCACCGCAGCAGCUAAUGACGGUGCAGACUCUUAGAACACUUCGCUGAACCAAAUUAAUAAUUACACCUUCACUAAUUCUUCACAGUAACUCACGCUGUCACCACCAAGGGUCAACUAUCUCAGCGGGUGACAGAAUUCCUCACCGUAAAAUAUAACGUCACGUUUCAUUCAGAUAUAUUAUCAGUUUUAAUUUUACCAUUAAAGUGUCUCAACUAAACCUCUUCGUUUGACAUAAAUCAAUGUUUUCAAUCAAACGAUAACUGACCAAAGAUAACAUUCUCGUAUCGCUGUGACUUUUGUCUACGAUAUGUUAACCCCAAAAACUUUAAAUAAAAUUAAUCGAAUAAAGGGCUACCUAUUUGGGAUCACCUGAAAAUUCGCCCCCAGUUUAUUUCACCAGAAGAUUAACCACCCUAAUGCUAAUUUAACCUAAUCUGACAUAACCUAACCUGACCUAACGUAAUUUAACAACUUAAUCUAACCUAACCCUCCCGCAGGUACCAUAAGUCGUUUAACCAUUUGGUGAAAUAACAGGGGCUGAUCUUCAGGAGAUAUCUUAUUUGCAUAUGUUAUAUAACUUCUAAAUGUAUUCGACACCUCACUAGUGAAGGUGUUCUGUGAAGUUCAAAGUGCCAAUCACCAGAAAAAAAAAGAGAUCUAAAGUAAAAAGACUGAUAUAUUGUUUAUUUUUAAGAAGCAAAAUGUGUCGUAUAUUUGGAAUUCACUCGACGAAUAUAUAUAGUAUUUCGGUUAAGGCAAUCUGAUCAUCUUGUUUGAGUUAUUUAUAAAAGAUAGGUAACUGGCUGUACAAAACUGAUGAUUGUAAAAAAAAAGAAGAAAAGAUUAAUGUAAUCAAAGAAGAGGAACUAUAUCUGUUAAGAGUUGAUGUUAUUCCAAAAUAGGAGUAAAGUUUUAUUUGUAAAAUGUUGAUCAGUUGUGUGUCAGUCAACGCGUUUACGUAUGUGUUGUCUGAAUCCACACACCACCACACAUACUACACCUUAUUUGUUCAUUACACUAUCCAGUACAGUUACAGAGUUCUUUCUCAUAAGUUUUUAUUGUCAUUGGAUUAUAUAGUUAUGCGUUUAAAGACCUUCAUUGUUAAAGCGCAGCAAUAACAUGAUAACAACCAGUACAGACAACACGCAAGCACAACUGCUAUAGUGACCGCAAGUGUAACCUAGCAGUGAUCACUUUAAUCCUUUUAUAAUUCUAAAAGUUCAGAUAGGCAUCAUGCAAUGUGUCCAGUUAACUGUAAUUAAGAUGUAAUAAAUGUGUUCAAACUGCA